CGGGGGCAGUUGCCAGGAAACGGCGUAAACAGCGGCGCUCCCAGCCGGCCCCUGCUCUGGCCGCGGGAGGUGGUGGCCGCCGGAGCCUGAGCGGGGGACUUUAUCUGCCAAGAUGGCUUCUAGAAGGCGAGCCUUGAGCUUCAGUGAAAGGCAUCAGAAAUUAGUAGAUGUAAAUUACGGCAAACAAUUGCAUGUCCAAUCACUAAGAAAGAUAGAGAAUACUAUCAAGGACCAGGUGGUGCAUCAUGAAAAUGAUGACCGCGUGGAGCGCAAGAGAUUCCUCAGAUUAUUACAGAACGAACAAUUUGAGUUGGAUAUGGAAGAAGCCAUUCAAAAGGCAGAAGAAAACAAAAGAUUGAGGGAACUCCAGCUUGAACAAGAAGAGAAGUUGGCUAUGGAAUUGGCAAAACUAAAACAUGAAAGUCUAAAGGAUGAAAAGAUGAGGCAACAAGUAAGAGAAAACAGUAUUGAGCUCAGAGAAUUGGAGAAGAAAUUAAAAGCAGCUUAUAUGAAUAAAGAAAGGGCAGCUCAGAUUGCAGAGAAGGAUGCCAUUAAAUACGAGCAAAUGAAGCGUGAUGCUGAAAUAGCCAAAACCAUGAUGGAGGAACACGAGAGAGUAAUAAAGGAAGAGAGUGCUGCGGAGGACAAACGAAAUAAAGUAAAAGCACAGUAUUAUCUGGACUUAGAGAAACAACUUGAAGAACAAGAGAAGAAAAAGCAGGAAGCGUAUGAGCAGUUAUUAAAAGAGAAACUCAUGAUUGAUGAAAUUGUUAGGAAAAUCUAUGAAGAAGAUCAAUUGGAAAGACAACAAAAGUUAGAAAAAAUGAAUGUAACUCGAAGGUAUAUAGAAGAAUUUCAGAAAGAGCAGGCUCUGUGGAGAAAGAAGAAGCGUGAGGAGAUGGAAGAAGAAAACAGAAAAAUCAUAGAAUUUGCCAAUAUGCAGCAACAAAGAGAAGAAGAUCGGAUGGCAAAAGUUCAAGAAAAUGAGGAAAAAAGGCUACAGCUUCAGAAUAUGCUGACUCAGAAAUUGGAAGAAAUGCUGCGGCAACGUGAAGAUUUGGAACAAGUGCGACAAGAAUUAUACCAGGAAGAACAAGCUGAAAUGCAUAAGAUGAAACUAAAAGAGGAAGCAGAAGAGAAAUUGAGAAAGCAAAAGGAGUUGAAGCAAAAUUUUAUAGAACAAAUGGCCCUGAAGGAGCUAGUACUCCAGGCUGCGAAAGAGGAAGAGGAGACCUUUCGAAAGGCUAUGCUCGCAAAGCUUGCUGAAGACGAUCGGAUAGAACUGAUGAAUGCUCAGAAACAAAGAAUGAAGCAACUAGAACACAGGAGGGCUGUGGAAAAACUCAUUGAAGAGCGUCGCAACCAGUUCCUUGCAGACAAACAACGUGAACUGGAAGAAUGGCAGUUGCAGCAAAGACGACAAGGAUGCAUUAAUGCAAUUAUUGAAGAAGAAAGACUAAAACUUCUUAAAGAACAUGCUACAAAAUUACUAGGAUAUCUCCCUAAAGGAGUAUUUAAAAAAGAGGGUGAUAUCGAUAUGCUUGGUGAAGAAUUUAGGAAAGCAUAUCAGAAAAGGAGUGAAAUUUGUGGAGAGAAAUGAUACCAUCAAGAUUUGGUAAAACCCGAAUUGUUUUUACCACUAGAUGUCACCGUAACUUUUGUUUUAUGGAUUCACUAUCACUGAAAUGUAAUCUAUUUUUGUAAACAGUUGUUUUCUAAUUAAAAAAUUACAGAAUAUAUUUUAGCUACAAAAUUGCUUUUAGUCAAACUCUUGUUCCUGAAAUGAUAAUUUGAAGAUCUGACUUCCAUAUCACUACCCAAGAGACUAAUUUCUUCAUGCUGCUGCUCAGAGCUUUUUCUGCAUCUCCAUUCAGACUGCAGUUCCACAGGGAAUUCUCUGGAGUUACCGGAUGAAAGCCAAUGAAAUUAAAGUUUAUAAAGAGUAAGAAUAAAUCAUUAAAGUUUUAAAUACAAUGUAUAUGGGUCACAUAGUCAGUUAUAAAGUAGAUCAUUUAUGAAUUUCCCCAUUCAAGUGCCUUCAUAAAUUCCUCUUCGGUAAAAGACAGCAUCUUGGCAGCUUCAAUAUGCAUCUGCAUUUAUAACAAAUCGAUAUUGUUUUAGUAUUAAAAGUAGACCACAGAACAAUAGAAAAUUGAUAAAGGUAUAUAAAUAUGCUAUCAAUUAUCAGCUCUGUUGGAAUGUGUACUUGAAUUCCAAUAAACGUGAGAUUUGAAAUAAUUA